AUGGACUGUAUUUAUCUGGUUUCUAUUCCACAUGACACGGCCAUGAACAUUUCCUUUAAGGAUUUUAUAAUUGAGGAUAGCCUACCCGACUGCGAUUAUGACUAUAUGAAGAUUAUUAACGAUCAAAAUCACGCAUAUGGUGUGUACUGUGGCCAGAAGACUGGACAGAGUGUUCUUGUCACUGGAGACUACGUUGUGAUCAUAUUCCACUCAGAUGAAAGUGAUGAACAAAAAGGAUUUCUGUUGUAUUUCACUGCUGUACCAAUCGUUUGUGGUUCGGAGAUAAACAACACACUGAAAAGUCCUGGAUACCCAAACGACUAUCCAAACAACAUGGACUGUAUUUAUUUGGUUUCCAUUCCUCAAGGCACAACAAUGAAAAUCUCCUUUUACGAUUUUUACGUCCACGAUGAUAAAUGGUGCCGUUAUGAUUAUUUGAAGAUUACUAAUGAGAACAGCGACGAUCUUGGUCACUACUGCGGUAAAAGAACCGGGGAGUCUGUCCUUGUAACUGGAAAAUAUGCUGUGCUGUUGUUCCACUCAGACUACGAUUCACAAAGAAAAGGAUUCCUUUUGUUUUUCACUACCAUUCGCCAGGAUUGUGAAUCUCACUGUUCUUACUGGUCAGAGGGUAUUUGGGGAAAUGCCCUUCUCUGCUUGAAUCUUAUUUCACCCGAACUCGCUUUUAAAUGCACCACAACAGUUACUGACAAGAUGAAUCCUCUCAAUUCUGAUGCAGAAGUUAUCAAAGUCUAUAGUCCAGAAUCAAAGCGAAGUAUAGCUUUCGUUUCCGCUCUCAUGGCUUCAGGAUUCACCAGGAUACCUAACAACUUUACGGAUGACAUUUAUCAUUCCUUUCUACCAUGUCCAGUGGGAACGUUCUCAAACACGACAUCUAAAGGAAAAGAUGGAUGCACGCCGUGUUCCCCAGGUGGAUUUUACUCUGACAAUCUCGGCCACGUGGCUGAAAACUGCAAGAGGUGUCCAAAUGGUUCCUUUGUAGCAUAUGACAAAGCACCAGGAACACGAACGCAAGAUUGCAAGUCUUGUCCCCAUGGAACAGAUACUGAUUUCUUUGCUGGAUAUCGUGGUUGCAAAUGUUUGGCAGGAUUUUAUCGAACACAUAUGUUCGACAAAUGUGAAAAAUGUGGCUUAGGUGGACUGAAAUGCCAAGAUGAUUUUGCGUCUUUAAAGUCUGGUUACUGGUGGGAAUGGCGUAAUACGACGCACAAAGAUCGAUAA